AGCCUACCCCGCUCAGAAUCGACCUGCCAAAAGCUGAAGGGUCUCGGACUGCAGCAGACACCACAUCAGGCUCUCGACACGGUGAUCGGCAUCGUCCAGCAGAGCGUUGUUGACACUGAGGCGAUCAUCGAGACUGUGAGGCAACGUCGCCUGCCCGCCGCCUUUUUGUGUCUCGAGACUGUCUCAGACGAUCUGACAUAGCCAAAAUGAUAUCACGGACAGCCUUGCUCACCUUGCUGGCUUCCCUACUACUUAGUCUACACGUAUCAGCGCAAACAGCGGCCCCCUUCCCGCCGCUGGUGUACACCUAUGCCGGCGAAUCUGCCGAUCCUUCACUUUUGUCUGCUGUUUCGUCAGCCGCAGGCACGGUGAAUGGCGUCAUCAACAGCGUCGCUAGUGACACAGCGACGGGCGCAGUAGCGCCUUUUGCAACUACUUCUACUGCUCUGCCUACUUCUGCGCAACCGGUCACAUCAGACUUUGCGUUCAGUUCCGCGACGCCGGGUGUCGUACUAUCAUCUAACACGCGACCGGAGUUCACAGCCUCGGGCACACCGCCUGCUACGUCUAGCGCAACGACAGCACCUACCGCAUCGAGCGCGCACAAGGACAUCCUGCUGCCGCGCGGACUGACGAUGGCGUUGAGUCUCGUCAGUCUGACUGCCGUCUUCGGCUCUUUCCUAUGUUUCGUCUAGUCAUACCGCCCCCGCCUUCUCUCGAUGAGACAUCGCAUCGCAAGUCAGGCUCGUAGCUAUAGCCCGUGUAACUUAAUGGCGUAUUUAUUGUCACAUCUCGCGCUAGAAUGCUCCGAUAUGAGUGCGCCUUCAAUCAUGCAAUACAUACAGCAACCUAUCAUCAAACAGACAUGUCAUCGGGCGGGCGGAUGACUGUGGCAGUCGUCUCCGAGUACCCAUACAGAGCGCUCAGCGCAACGAGAUGCAGUGCGAUGGCAUAGGCUACGAAGAGCGCGCGCGAGAGCCGAUGGGUGAGCACCCGCCUGGACAGACCGAACAGGAUCUUUUCGAUCGGAUUGAGUGCCUGUAUCGCUCGCGAUUGCUCCUGUCAUUUGUAUAAACUCUAGCUCCUCCUCGGUGACAAGCAGACGCACCCUGCCUCGGAAAGCCUCGAAUGGAUUGAUCGUGUUCUCGUAGCGCUCGCGGUAUUUGCCAAGCUCUUCGUCGCG